AAAAUAUAAAGAAAAGAAGUAAAAUACAUUUCAGUUCGGAUUUUAGAAAGAGGCUUCUUCAAUCUUGAAAUAGAAUUAGAAUAUUUUUACUAAUUAGCUAUACUAGUUUUUAAGUACUAACUCUCGCAACAUGGUAACCAAAUUAGAAAUUAAUUUGCGCAGCUUAUUAGUGACUUGUGAGGAACUAGUAAAAGAUGAAACAAAUUUCUGGAGACUUAAGAAAUUCAUCAAAUCCAUGGAUGUUAUGAUCGAGGAACUCCAAGAAUACGAAGAUGCAAGAACAUUGUCAUCUAUUUCUGAUUACUGUAAAAGACUGCAAAACCUCAAAACCCAAACAAACUACAUAGACAGCCCACCGCUGCUCACAACUGAGAGCUCCCACAGCCACAAUCGAAUGGCAGCAGAAAAUGUUGAUGAUGUUAUCAGGGAAGUUCGCCAGCUACAAAACUCCAAACACUAUUCUGAUAUUCGGAAAGAACUAAUAAAUGAUGAUAACCUGCGCUCACGAAAGCCCAAAGAACAAGGACAAUCUAAUGAAGCUUUAAAAUACCACAACGAUGUCCAGGAAAAAAUCACAGAGCACAUGCUCUCCCUCACACGGAGCCUUAAAGAGCAAACCGAAACGGCCAAUCGAAUUAUUAAGCGAGAUACCGAAGUUGUUUCAAGAUCCACAAAUAUGACCGAUAAGAAUAUAAAUUCUUUGGUAAAAGAGAACGAAAAGUUGCAGGAGCACUCACGGAAUGCUUGGAAAUGUUGGACAUUUCUAAUGUUCGGUUCAGUUAUAUUUAUUUUUAUUGGUAUGGUAUUAUUCAUGAAAAUUGUGAAGAAAACAUAAGGACUACGGAUAUUUUUCUUUUCGAGAAUUGGCUUUGGCAUUUGGUUUGGAUGAACGAUCAAAAUACCUAUCAUUCCCUAGGCAGUGUUUUUCUUUGAAACACAAUGUUUAUUUUUAUUUUGUCUGCUUUUAUGUUUAGUCGCUUAAUUUAAAUGUAAAUUCUUUUGAACCAUAAAUAAAUAGGUCAGAAUACCUUAUUUUCUUCUAUUUAUA